GUUUCCUUAAAUGGAGGCAACUGUGGUUGGAGUUAUGAGCAUGUGCCUUUUUGUAAGUUGUGUGAAGACAUAGCUUGCCAUCAGUGGAGAAAUAUUUCUGUUAAAAAUUUCAUUCAGAUCUCGAGAUGGCUCAAAGCAGCAAGAAAAACGGGCGUGUCGUGGGAGAGAUUGCCUUCCAGUUGGAUAGGCGCAUCCUGGCUCAUGUGUUUCCUGGUGUCACACGCCUCUAUGGAUUCACAGUGUCCAACAUUCCAGAGAAGAUCAAGCAGGUCUCUAUGAAUUGCCUGGGUGGUUCUGUGGAUGAGAAAAAGUUUCGAGCCAUGACCCAGCGCUAUUUAGACCUGAUCACUCACCUGGAAAAGAUGGGCUACAACAUUGAUGUCCACCCAGUCUUCAGUGAGUUUCUCAUCAAUACCUACGGCAUUCUGAAGCAAAGGCCGGAUUUGAAUUCUAGCCCAAUACACAACAGUCCUGCUGAACUCCGGAAGAUGGUAAUUGAUACGGUGCCACCCAGGUUCCUUGGUGAUACCUUGCUUCUUUUAAACUGUUUGUGCGAACUUUCCAAAGACGACAACAAGAGCCUCUUCGCCUGGUAAUGCCAACUGUGAUUCUUGUUCCUAAAUCUCCAACAGGAAUAGAAAACCUGCAACAUCUCUCGAAUACAAACCUAUCUGCUGAAAGAGGACAUGACGGGUUCUUGUGUCAGGGUCUUGCCAACUGACUUAUUGUCUUAAUAUUGCUUUUGAUUAAAUAUGUACUUUUUCUGUUUCUAUCCAUACUGCUUGAAAUAUAUAUAUUUAAAUCAUUGUUGUUAGCUGCCACAGGAGCCGUGUUUGGGCUAGACUGUGAGAGCUGAAUAUUAGAAUAAAUAACAAAUAAAACAUUGUUAAUGUUCA